AUGGAAUCUCUGUCAGUCGUGAAGUUAGUUCUUCGGGGUGAACCGGGUUUACAUGGUCCCCAGGGUAACUUCGUCUUACUGUAUGAUGGCGACGGCGAAAUCACAUUUGCCCUGGUAUCACACACAGUGCACUACAAUGGAAAAGGCCGUAAGAUCAUCGAGUUUCACGAAAACGAUGGAGGAAUUGCCAUCAAGAUCAUGAGAACCAACGAAAACAACCCUGUCCACAACAUCCGGUUGAUCAUGCCUGGAUUUGAGGACAGGCACGAGUUGUUCCCCUUCUACCCCCCCUUCAUAGAAAACCUCAAAAGAUACUCGGAGUUAAGGUUCAUGGACUUCCUUGCCACAAAUGCACACACGCCUGAACCAACCACGUGGUCAACAAGACGCCUGAAGACUUUCCACACACAGACCGGAAGUGAGGGCGGUGCCAUCGAGUACGCCAUCCUCUUGGCCAACAUUCUUGGGGCAGAUCCCUGGUUCUGUCAGCCCCAUGCGGCGGAUGACGACUUCCUGAACAGAUUUGCGCGUAUGGCACUGUCGGAUUUACGUCCGGAUGUUAAGGUGUACGUUGAAUAUUCAAAUGAAGUGUGGAACGGCAUUUUCCGGCAAACAACUUACAACAAAGAGCAGGGAAUGAAGCUAGGUCUGGACACACAGGACUGGAAGGCAGGUGGAAAAUAUUACAACAAACGAGCAACCGAGGUUGCCGACAUAUGGACAUCUGUUCUUGGAAACAGAGUCAUCCCCGUUUGGGCAUGGCAGACAGGGUUUUAUGACUUCACGCGACAGAUCUUCGAAGACCUCGGAACAAGAGCGGCACAUUUCAAAGCAUACGCCAUAACAGGCUACUUUGACUGCGACCAGGUGACUGGCACCAAACAUAGUGACGCCACAGAUCAACCACCGAGUUGA